AUGGCGGUGGUGGAUGUGUUGGUGGAGUCCGACUGGAGAACUGCAGCACGCGUGGCAGCAGCAGCUGCGACGACAGCAGUGUCGAGGGCCGACGUUGUGGAGAUCGCGUCAGGCGCAGAUGAGCCGUCGGGUGCGGCCAUGCCGAGCACCAGCGGCGAGGUGGAGCGGAAGGUUAGGAAACAAACCUAUCUGAUACCAUGCAAUACUGGAGCUGGUUCAGUUACUGUUGCGCACAAUACUACAACUUCAUCCACGUCGUCUCGCAAUUUCGUUCGCCAGAUUGGAAGCGCCGUAAUGGAACGUUUGAGGAAAAGGAAAAGAGAGGAUGACCACAACAUUGCUGCCAACAGACACCUAGGAAACAUGACUGAGUUUUCUCGUACGAUAAAGGACAUUGCUGAUAAACUACGAGAGCUUGGGGGUGAUGUUAGUAACGCUCUGAAAAUAGAUGUAUCGAACUUCCGUGUAGCUUCAAGUCUGAGUCAGAGUACACCCAAGGACACACGUCUAACAUCAUCAUUUAUUGUUGAGCCCAAAGUGUACUGGAGACAUUCAGAUAUGGAAUCCAUCCUAAAGCUGAUGGAAUCCAGCAUCCAAAAGUCUACGGGAGCCCAAAGUAACACAUCCAAUGGCAUAACUGUCCUACCGAUUGUAGGCAUAGGAGGCAUUGGGAAGACAACUCUGGCCCAGCUUGUGUACAAUGAUUCGAUAGUUGCAAAUCAGUUUCAGAUCAAGAUUUGGGUUUGUGUGUCUGAUAAUUUUAAUGUACUUAGGCUGACAAGGGAGAUGUUAGACUGUGUCUCUAAACAAAGGCAAGCAGAAACAAGCAACUUGAACAAGCUUCAGGAGGAUCUAGAGGAACACAUGAAAUCUAGGAGGUUUCUAAUUGUCUUGGAUGAUGUCUGGGAUGACAUGAACGAAGACUCUUGGAACCAACUGUUAGCUCCUUUGAAACGUAAGGCAAUGGGUAAUCAGGCAAUGGGUAAUCAGGCAAUGGAUAAUAUGAUACUUGUGACAACUCGAAAAUUGUCUGUUGCAAAAAUGACAAAGACAGUUGAACCAAUCAUGUUAAGUGCCAUGGAAGGGGAUGAUUUUUGGCUACUAUUUAAAUCAUAUGCAUUUGGUGAUCAACGAUAUAAAGAUCAAGGGUUGUACAAUAUUGGGAAGCAAAUAGCUGGAGAGUUGGAGGGGAACCCCUUAGCAGCAAAAACUGUUGGCGCACUAUUAAGAAGAAAUAUUAGCAUUGAUAACUGGACUAACAUUCUAAACAGUGAAGAAUGGAAGUCCCUAAAGGUUAGCGGAGGCAUCAUGCCUGUUUUGAAGCUCAGCUAUGAUUGCCUACCAGGCCACUUGCAGCGUUGCUUCAAGUAUUGUAGUCUAUUCCCCAAGGAUUAUCAGUUUGAUGGAACAGACUUAGUCAGAAUUUGGAUUUCACAAGGAUUUGUGGAUGGUAGCCGUACCAGUAAAAGUUUAGAGGACACAGGGAAUGACUAUUUGGCUGAUUUGGUGGACUCGGGCUUCUUUCAGAAAAUUGGAAGGGACUGGCAUUCUCCGGAAUGCUUUGUCAUGCAUGAUCUUAUGCAUGAUUUAGCAUGGAAGGUUUCAAGAGCUGAAUUUGGGACUAUAGAUGGCAGGGACUGUGAAGAAAUCUUACCGACUGUGCGUCAUCUAUCAAUAGUUACUGAUUCAGCAUUUUCUCAUGAAAAAAUUGAAAAAAAGAUGCUGCAGGUUAAAUAUGUGAGAAAGCUGAGGUCCUUGGUAUUAAUUGGCGAUUAUGACCCAUCUUUUUUCAGAUCCUUCCAGAAUAUGUUCAAACAAGCAGAAAAUUUACGUUUGCUGCGAAUCUCUGCAACUUAUGCUGAUUUUGUUUCUUUCCUGCACAAUUUGGAAUAUCGUACCCAUCUUCGCUACCUAAAACUUGAGAACAAAGGGAGCGGCGAAGCUUUGCCAAUAUCUCUGAGCAAGUUUUACCAUCUUGAAGUAUUAGAUGCUGGACACCCAACUAUAGUUCAUGGUAUGAAUGAUCUUGUCAGCAUGAGGUAUCUUGUUGUGACAAAGAGAGCAUACUCUUCUGUUACUAGUGUUGGUGAAAUGAGCAAUCAUCAAGAUGUGCUGAAUAUCACGGAUCAAAAUUCUAGCUGCUCUGAGAUAACACAACUUCAAUCCAUGAACAAGCUUGUACAACUUGGUGUGUUUCAACUCGAAAAUGUCAGUAGUGCCGAGGCUUAUGGGCCAAAACUGAGAGAUAAACAACACUUGCAAAAGCUGCACUUGUCUUGGAACGAUACUUUGUCACAGGAUGGAUAUGCUAGUGACACAAGCUUUGAACCUUUUGGGGACAUAGAAACAGAAGAGGACAGAUCGCCAAUUGAUGAUAUUAACAAUGACCAAAGUUCUGAACCUUCUGCAGACACAGCAAGAGAGGUGCUUGAGGGUCUUGAACCACAUCGCAACCUAAAGCAUCUACAGAUUUCUGGGUACAGCGGGGCUACCUCCCCAGGUUGGCUUGGUACUUCAGUUUCCUGUUUGCAGACGCUUCAUCUCGAGGAUUGUGGAGAAUGGCAAAUACUUCCAUCUCUGGGAAGGCUAUCGUUUCUUACAAAAUUGAAGUUAAGGAAAAUGCAGAAAGUAACAGAACUAUCGAUUCCUUCACUGGAGGGGCUGGUGCUGAUUCAAAUGCCACAGUUGGAGAGAUGUUCCUGCAAUUCCGUGAGAGACUUGAACUCUAGUUUAAGGAUACUGAAGAUUAAGAGAUGCAGUGAACUGAAGGUCUUUCCUCUCUUCGAGAGCUGCGAGAAACUCAAAAUCGAGAAGAAGUCAUGGUUGUCCCAUCUUACGAAGCUUACCAUCCAUGAUUGUCCUCGUUUAACGAUAUCAAAUCCUCUACCACCUUCAAGUAGCGGUUGUAAAUUGUCCAUCGCGAGAGUUUCGACACUUCCAACGAUGGAGGGAUCAUCCAAUGGAGAAUUGAUAAUUGGAGACCAUUCCGAGCCAUGUUUUCCAGAUGAUCUGGAUUCCGAUGGGCUGACAAACCUGGACGACAAAAUUGUGUCAUUCCAUAAUCUGAGGGACCUGACUCGCUUGAAAAUAGCAGGGUGUGAAAAUCUAUCGUCUAUUUCACUCGAAGGUUUCAGGCAACUCGUCAGCUUAAAGAGUUUGGAAAUAGUCUGCUGCACAAAACUUUUCUCUUCAGUUGUUCUGCCAGAGCAUACCCAUGAAUACAUGGCAGACGCAAAUUUCAUUGCCCUCCCAUCUCUCAAGUAUCUCAGGAUUGAGACAUGUGGAAUAACCGGGAAGUGGCUAACUGUGAUACUAAAACUUGUACCACGAUUAGAGGAGUUGCAUUUAGAGGAUCUGGAUAUAUCACUAUUGAUAGAAGGGAAAGAGAGUAGUUUAUCACAUCUCAUCUCAGCUCCACAGGCUUCAUCACCAGGAAAUCGAGAUGACGCAAUGACAAGCUCAACUCCAGACGGGCUGCUGCGUGUUCCAUCAAAACUCAUCGCCUCUCUCAAGAAGAUGUGUAUAGCGAGGUGCUUUGGCCUAACAUUUCAUCCGAUCAAGGAAGGCUUCUCUGGAUUCACCUCACUUGAGGAGCUAACAGUUUGGAAAUGCCCCAGGCUGAUAUCGUCUUUGGUGCAUAAAGACGAAAACAAUGACCAGGGAACCGGAAGAUGGCUUCUCCCGCACUCACUUGGCAAACUUGAGAUCGUUGAUUGCACAGAAAUUCUGCAGCCCUACUUCGAGGAGAACCACACCUGCCUCAAAAAAUUAGAAGUAUCGAGCAGCCCAAAUUUGAGAUGUCUACAGCUAGAUUUCUGCACAGCACUAGAGGAAUUGGAUAUUGUUGGUUGUGAUUCGCUCACCGCGCUAGAGGGCUUGCAAUCCCGCCUCAAAAAACUACGAAUAUGGAUCAGCCCAAGUUUGAAAUGUGUACAGCUGGAUUCCUGCACAGCACUGGAGGAAUUGGAAAUUGAAGAUUGUAAUUCGCUCACCGCGCUAGAGGGCUUGCAAUCCCGCCUCAAAAAACUACGAAUACGGAGCAGCCCAAGUUUGAGAUGUCUACAGCUGGAUUCCUGCACAGCACUGGAGGAAUUGUAUAUUGGUUGUUCACUGGAAGAAUUGUAUAUUGGUGAUUGUAAUUCGCUCACCGCGCUAGAGGGCUUGGAUUCCUGCACAGUACUGAAGGAAUUGGAAAUUGAUAAUUGUAAUUCGCUCACCACGCUAGAGGGCUUGGAUUUCUGCACAGCACUGGAAGAGAUUAAGAUUAAAGAUUGUGAAUCGCUCACCGCCUGGAGAGCUUGCAAUCCCUCGGCGGUCUCAGGUCUUUGGUAG